UUUCAAAUCUUUAUUUUGAGUACUUCACAUAUACACAUUGCUAGGUGGUGGGUGCUUUUGAACGCAAGAGUAUAUCUGAAUCUGAUACAGCUUGCACUCUGUCUCUCUUUCUCUAUCGUCUUCCAUCUCCAUUUCCAUUUUUUUAUGCGAUCUGAAUCUCUUUUUGUUCCUACAAAAUUAAUUUUAUAAAAAGUUGCAAUCUUUUUUGAAAAUUCUCAACUUGGCCUUUUCAAUUCCCACUUAAAACCUCCAUUUUGGUGGAGUUUUGAGGGAAUUUUCUGUUGUAUGCAAGUCAAAGACCCUUUUUCUCUUCCUUUUCGAGUUUGUUUUUAGGGUUUGUAUUAAAACGAUGACAUCUAGUAAUCAAGAAGCUGUAAAAAAAUUGGAGUCUUUACAUGUUAUGAAAUCAAAAGGGAACAAGAAAAAGUGGAAAAACGAUGAAGGUUCCGUUGGGUGUUGGAAUAAAUGGGGGGUCUCGGCAGCUGUGUUUCUUCAAGAUCUAAAGUCGAUAGCUCCACAAGUGGCAUCAGUUCUCAAUUCGAAAGUAAAUCAGGUAACGAUACAAGCAAAGAUCAAACGGUGGUGACUCCGAUAGUAUCUCCGACCACCAGUGGCGGAAACAAUUUGUCGAGUCCAAAACCAGAAGAUGCAAUCAAAGUUGCUUCUCAACUUCGAAAAUUUGCUUUCAAUGAUCUUAAAAUGGCGACAAGAAAUUUCAGACCCGAAAGUCUUCUCGGUGAAGGUGGUUUUGGGUGUGUGUUUAAAGGUUGGAUUGAAGAGAACGGCACCGCUCCGGUGAAGCCCGGCACCGGACUUACAGUCGCCGUGAAAACGCUGAAUCAGGACGGACUUCAGGGUCAUAAAGAGUGGCUGGCAGAAGUGGAUUUCCUAGGUGAUCUUGUGAAUCCGAAUUUGGUUAAAUUGAUCGGUUAUUGCAACGAAGAUGAUCAACGGUUGUUAGUUUAUGAGUUCUUGCCUCGUGGGAGCUUGGAGAAUCACUUGUUCAGAAGAUCAUUGCCUCUUCCAUGGUCUAUUAGGAUGAAAAUUGCUCUUGGUGCUGCAAAGGGGCUUGCUUUCCUUCACGAAGAAGCCAAAAGACCCGUGAUUUAUCGUGAUUUUAAAACCUCCAACAUUUUGUUAGAUGCGGAAUAUAACGCCAAACUUUCCGAUUUUGGCCUUGCUAAAGAUGGCCCGGAGGGUGAUAAAACUCACAUAUCGACACGUGUUAUGGGAACUUACGGUUACGCCGCCCCGGAAUACGUCAUGACAGGACAUCUGAGUAUAAGAAGUGAUGUAUAUAGCUUCGGUGUUGUUUUACUCGAAAUGUUGACCGGGCGAAGGUCAAUGGACAAAAACCGUCCAAACGGGGAACACAAUCUCGUUGAGUGGGCCCGCCCACAUUUAUUAGAGAGAAGACGGUUUUACCGGUUAAUCGACCCGCGAUUAGAAGGCCAUUUCUCAAUAAAAGGGGCCCAAAAGGCUGCACAACUUGCGUCCCGUUGUCUUAGCCGUGACCCAAAAGCCCGGCCCUUAAUGAGUGAAGUGGUUGAAUGUCUUGAACCAUUACCGGCCCUUAAAGACAUGGCGGGCUCUUCUUAUUACCUUCAAACGGUUCAAUCCGAACGGGUCGGGUCGGGUUCGGAUGGGUCUCGGGCACGGGGCGGGUCGUUUUCAAGAAACGGGCAGCAACAGCCACGGACCUUGUCGAUACCUCGGGCAUCGCCUCAUCACCAUCAGUUUAUUAAGGACUCACCGAAGCCGAAUGAGAAGCAAUAACAAAGGGCACAAUUGGUGUUAAAUUUAUUGUGAAAAAAAUCCCAAUUUGGGAGAAUGUAAUUUAUGAUGACAUUUUUAUUAACAUUGUAUCAUAUUUUGUUGUUUAUUUAGUAUGAUGAAUUGAUCGUAUUGGCAUGUUGUUUAAUGUAUUGUAUAAUACUAGAGAUAUAUAGAAAAUAUCGACAACUUUUUAACUCUGGGC